AUGCUUUACGUCAGCUCGUUCCUGCUUGCGGCCCGCGGGCACGUGCAGCGGGUACUCCGCCGCAAGCAGGCCCCGUUCCACCAGCGCUACGACCGACUGCCUGGCGACCAGCGCGAACGCGUGGCUGCAAUGCUCAGCGACGUGCGAUACGAGAAAUGCUCCGUUGCACGCGAACUGAGCGAUGUGCAUCAACAGUUGGCAUCGCUGUUCAACGCCGAUGAGGCUCGGCAGCUGCUUGACCCGAGCAGUUCGUCCGGCAAUGCGACGGCCGAUGCAGCCCCGGACACUCGCGCUGAUAUUAACGAGGCAUAUCGCAUACAUCGCAUCCUGCGCCCCCAUGCGCCUAACUUUUUCGAGGAGCAGUCGUUCAUCCACCUCAAGCAGAGGAUGGACAAUUUGAUGCAGGACCAUAAGUCCGAGGACUUCAAGGAGUUGGUCCCGGCGGAUGUCGCUUUGGAUGUGGUUGCGCUCCCCGAUCCCCUAUUCUCCGACGAAGGUUACGCUGUAGCUAUGUCUGCCCUGAUGGAUUCCCUUAUCGAUGACGUCAGGAGGCUGUGCAGAGCGUUAGGUUUGGAUGUCGGCACUGGCGACUCCCGCGACCCGUACGAUCGCCUGGCGGACUUCCUGGCGCUUAAGCGCGACGGCAGCAAUGUCGACCACUGGUCUGCCAAUGUCUGGCCCAAACUGAAACCGUUAAUGGCCGCAGAAUUUGAGUCAAUAAGUGAGGAGGACGUCGGGAAUUGGCUGACGAGUCAUCUCGAGCGCGUGGCGCACAACAGGGCCCUCGUUAACCGAGCAGAAAGCUCCGAAUGGUAUAGAGUUAAACUUAUCGUCAGGUACGACAUCAAGAGGGACCUUCCGUACGACGGUCUACCGUACCCAGACGCACUGCUCGACGAGCGCCGUACAGGGUACCCUAUCGACCGCGCCGGGGCUUACCUAUUUGGGAUGCUACAGCUUUUUGCCCCAUCAUCGGUAGAGGGCGUCACCAAGGCGAUGCUUGACGAAUAUGUGGACGCACUGCGCAACAUCGGUUUAAAGGACUGGUUCGGUCUAAGGGGGGUCGACAUAUCGUCCGUAUUCUUCGGCCACGACGCUGCGAACGAGCUCCCGGGGAACACCAGCGGGUCAGGGACGCAGGGCAGCUUCCCUCACAAGAAAGUUACGCGCCCUAUGGCGGAAUCCUGCAUAAGGAUUAUUAACCUGUUUGCCACUGGGAAUGAGCACGUUUUCGAUGCUGAGCACUGGUCACCUGCAUCCGUUUUCAAGCGUCUGAGCGUGCCCGGCGACACUGCUGAUGGUAGUGGUAGCUCCCCGGCCGGUAACGUUGCAACACCGUCGUCGGGAGUAGACUCCAACUCCUCAGUGCAAACCAAAAGCGUCGCAACAGCCUUGUCUACAGGCGAUAUAGAGGAUCUCGUUGGCGAUUACAUUAGGCGUGUGAACCGAGUGGCCAGCGGCCAGGUGGUGCGUGAAUAUAACCGCGUGUUCGACCGCAUGGUCAAGGAGGAACUUGAGUUCCAGGCCAAUGUCGGUGCUGGCACCGUCACCGACAAGGGCAUCGAGUACAAGGUUCCGGCGGGGGCGCAGUUCGACGCUAAGCGAAACUACUACGUCCGUACACGGGAGGGCGUUGACCCUACACUCAAACUCGAGAAUCUGCGAUCGUGCGUUCUUGAGCGGCGCCGCAUGCGCACCAUGACCAAAGAAGGACGCGUGUACUUUUUGCGCGUGGUAGUUGCAGUCGGUGACGGCCGCGGCUACUUCGGCACUGGCGUUGGUUUCGGGAACGACCUCGGCACCGCGCGUGCCAGCGCCGUCCAGCAGGCGCUGCGUGGAAUGUACUUCAUCGACUUCGAUCAGAAGGAGCCGCUUACGACUCCAGUGUUGGGGCAAGAGUACGGUUGCCGUGUCUACAUAACUCCCAGGAAAAUGGGCGCUGGCAUCAAGACCAACCGAAAGUACUUGCCCCUGGCAUAUUUGGCCGGGCUUGACAACUGCAAGUUGACUUUUCACGGGCGCUCGUCGUGGAUAACUCGCGCCAAGGCGUUGCGAAAGGCCUUGGAGCAGAUAUAUUCCCGUCGCACAAUGUGCAACGCUACUGGCAUGCGGUACGUGUACGUCGGGAGCCCUGGCGACCACACAGUGCACUGGCCCGACAAGUGGUUCAUUCCCAUCGCCAAGGAGUACCAGUCGAAGGUCCAGCAGCUGAAGAAUCUAAAGCGCGUCCACUUCCGGCGGCACGCGCACCGCGUCGUUAUGCCAGAGGAGGUGGCACCCGAGGUUCCGAGCUAUGCUAGGCACAAGUUCAGGUCACCUCUGGAGAUAGCUGAGCAGGAGCGCAAGCACGCCCAGUACAUUUCGACUACCGUGCCCAAGGUACCUCCGCCACGUGGGAAUAAGGGAUUAGAGUCAUCCGUGGAGCAGUCCAGAUGA